AUGCGUGAGCAAAGCUGCAGAUGCCGUUCGUUAUACACUUCUCAUUUAAAUUCGGCGAAUGUCUACCUUUCACGUCCCGCUCAGAUCUAUCCCAGUCUGUUCAUAUCUAUCUAUCUAUCUAUCUAUCUAUCUAUCUAUCUAUCUAUCUAUCUAUCUAUCCCAUUCUGUUCAUAUCUAUCUAUCUAUCUAUCUAUCUAUCUAUCUAUCUAUCUAUCUAUCCAAAACUGUUCAUAUCUAUCUAUCUAUCUAUCUAUCUAUCUAUCUAUCUAUCUAUCUAUCCUAGUCUGUUCGUGUCUAUCUAUCCCAAUCUGUUCAUAUCUAUCUAUCUAUCUAUCUAUCUAUCUAUCUAUCUAUCUAUCUAUCUAUCCCAGUCUGUUCAUUAUCUAUCUAUCUAUCUAUCUAUCUAUCUAUCUAUCUAUCUAUCUAUCCCAGUCUGAUCAUAUAUAUCUAUCUAUCCAAGUCAGUUCAUAUCUAUCUAUCUAUCUAUCUAUCUAUCUAUCUAUCUAUCUAUCUAUCUCAAUGCAUCUUAAAUAUGAUCUCGACCAUGAAUUGAUCUAUCAUCUCUCUUAUCUUCUCUUCUCUAUCUAUCUAUCUAUCUAUCUAUCUAUCUAUCUAUCUAUCUAUCUAUUAUUUUAUACUUUGAUAUCUGUCCCUCUAUAUUUUUACAUAUGCCAAAAGAACGCUAUGUCCAACAGCUCUCUCUCUCUUUGUCUCUCUCUCUCCCCGGAAUUCAGUUCCCUGUCUGUUGUUAAUACUUCUCUCUACAAAAACCGUUUAUAUGUCAUCGAUUCCUGGCCCAAAUUUGGAACUCAUUCUUUUCAUCAUACAACAUAA